AAUGUGUGGUGGUCAGCUGAGAGGCCCUAACGGUAUCAUCGCGUCACCAAACUACCCUGUCCAGUAUGACAACAAUGCUAACUGCACCUGGUUCAUCACCGCUACAGACACCACCAAGGUGAUCAAACUGACCUUUGAGGACUUUGACCUGGAACGUGGUUACGAUACGUUGACCGUUGGAGAUGGAGCCGUGGUCGGAGAUCAGAAGACCGUCUUUCACGUCCUAUCAGGGACCACUACUCCAGACCUGGUGGUCAGCACCAGUCAUCAGAUGUGGCUCAACUUCAAGACUGACGACACCAGUGGCUCUCUGGGCUUCAAGGUGUCUUAUGAAGGUAAGCUGAUGAAGGUGAUGAUGAUGAUGGGUUUUGUUUCUGGUAAUAUCCCGCCAAAAGAAAUACUUUGCUCCAUCUUCCUCUCUGAUUCUCAUCUUCUCUGACUGUUAGAAGU